AUGGGAAAUGCUAGUGGCUGUUGCGCGGGAACCGCCGCCGGAGAAAUUUCCAGUCGAUACGAUGUCGGAGUCGGACUAGUUCACGACAACCUCGGCCACUCUUUCUGCUACGUCGGGCCAAUUCUCACCGCAUCAAAAUCUUCGUUCCCGCCCGAACCGUCCCUCCGACCCGACCCGAUUCCGGAAACAACUACCACUUACCGUUCAAUCUCCGGCGCCUCCGUUAGCGCCAAUACUUCGACGGCGCUCUCUGCCUCUCCGUCAACAGACGCGUCGCUAUUAGCCUCCGGGUUCGAGAGCUCCAAUAGAUUCGCUUCCUUGCCGCUCCAACCCGUGCCACGUGGUCCGGUUAAGAAAGCGGGUCAUGGACCGGGUUUAUUCGAGCGCCGGUUCUUAUCUGGUCCGAUCGAAAGCGGUUUAGUUUCAGGUGGGAAGGAAAAGAAGGAAACAAAGAAACAAAAGAAACUCAAAUCAUUUUCAAAACCCAAAUCGAAAAAGAAAUCUCUCACAUUCAAAACCGUUUUCACGAAUUUGAUUUCUAACAAUCUGUCUCGUUCGAAGAAGAGCGUGGUCGAGCCUAUCAACAGUUCCGAUUCAUCAGAUUCCGAUCAAAAUGCUGCUGAUGAUCAUAGACGUGAAGUUAACUUGUCAAGCAAGAAUCCGAGCAGCCACGAGAACCCUAGAACCGAAGAAGAAGAAGAGAAGAGUGAGUCUGCUUCAGAGGAGCCAAAGAUUCAAUGGGCGCAGGGGAAAGCAGGGGAAGAUCGAGUACACGUCAUCCUCUCCGAGGAAAACGGUUGGCUUUUCGUCGGGAUUUACGACGGAUUCAGUGGUCCAGAUCCGCCGGACUUUCUUCUCAACAAUCUCUACACCGCCGUGCUUAAAGAGCUCAAAGGCUUGCUAUGGAACGACAAACAUAGUCCAGUCGAGGAUGAUUCUGAUUCCGGUGAAGAAAACUGCCAUGUGAUGAAAGGAGAAAAUGUUGUUGCUUGUGGCUCAAGAAACAUAACGAGUAGU